AUGAACACCAACCUACAAGAGGGCACACUGGAGGAGGAUGAGGAGGAAACCUUUCCAUUCUCAUUCUCACAACUAUCACCAUCUUCACAGCCACCACCAAGCGCUCUCCCAUCACCAUACAAUCCCCCAUCCAGUACGAGAACUACGACGACGACGACGACGACGACGACGACGACAACGAGGCCUUCGACCAGGAUGAGGACAAGGAUGUCGAGUCCUGUACCAAAGAAGACAAAGAGAAAGGCUGGGGCAAGAAAGACAAAGUCAAAGAAGAAAGUCAUCCAGACUCUGAUAAAGACAAGGAAACAGGAUAACAUGGAUAGAGAGCUGCGAAUGAAUUUACCAAUCACCUCAACGACAAGUACGACUACCAAGACAAUGACUUUACAUCGACCAACUUUAUUAUUCAAUCGACUCUAUUUCCAUCUGUCACCAUCACUCAGUGACCAAGACGAACUGAAACGAAUGAUCACCGAACAUGGAGGCAUGGUAGUUGAAUCAUUGUUAAACAACUUUGCAAUUCUAUAUAUCAUACCGGACCAACUACAGCUCUCAAGCCAACUUCCAACCAUUUAUCAAAAGUCCAUACUGUACAUCAAGAAAUCAUGGAUAAUUGACUCUUUGGCAAACAUAUCCUCAGGUCAACCUUUGCCAUACGAUCAAUACAAACACAGACUAAAGAAGUUGAACUACUAUAAGGCACUCUCGAUCUUUCCUUCAAAAGGAACGGAUCUGGAAAAAUAUAACAUACUAAGAGCAGAAGUGGAGAAGGAGAUGCAUUUCCACGGUGCCCAGAUUGUCGGUUUCGAUACAAGGGUCAUUACAAAACCUGCAUUGUUCUUGGCUAUUGAAGAGCUUCAGCAGGAAGACAUCAACAAGUACUUUAUUGAUGGAGAGGCAACCAUUGUUAAAUUCGGAUGGUUGAAGCACUGUCUAACGCAGCAGAAGUUUGUCACACCUACAUCCGAACCCAGCAGGUUCUGUUACAUGGUAAAGGCGACGCGUGCCAAGAGGGGUGCACAAGACACCUCU